AUGAAUCUCCGCCGCCCGCUCGCGAUUGACAUCCCCAGCGGCUGCUGGCUGCCCCGCCGCGUCCUCCUCGUGCGGCACGGCGAGUCGGAGGCCAACGUGGAUCGCACGCUGUACGGCAAAAUCCCCGACUGGAGGAUCCCACUCACGGAGCGCGGCCACGCGCAGGCGUUGGACUGCGGCCGCCGUAUCUGCAACAUCAUCAAGAAGGAGAAACUCUACAUCUACUACUCACCUUACCUCCGCGCACGGCAGACACUGGAGGGGAUUCGGAAAAAUAUAGACCUGUUCCAGAUCAAGGGCGAGCGUGAGGACGAGCGGCUGCGUGAACAGGAGAUGGGCAACUUCCAGCCGGAGGACAUGAUGGACGCUAUGUGGAACGAGCGCAGUGAUUUUGGCCGCUCGUACUACCGAUUCCCCGGCGGCGAGAGCAGCGCGGAUGUCGGCGACCGCGUGUCGACCUUCUUCGACUCGCUCUUCCGCGAGUGGCUGGAGCUCAGCUCAAUGUCGGCGCGAAGCCCCGACGAUGGCGGCGGUCCGCUCACGCUGCCGGACGAGGAGGACCACAACGUCGUGAUCGUCUCGCACGGCUUGCUCAUUCGUCUCUUCAUUGGUCGUUGGUUCCGCGUGCCAAUGGAGAUUUUCGAGACAAUGCGCAAUCCGCCCAACUGCAGCAUUGUGGUGCUGGAGCGCUGCGAUUCGGGUCGGCUGGUGAUGACGGACAUCAGCAAGAAGCUCUUUGGCAGCGACCCACUACUGGAGAUGAUGAAAUUCGACGGUAAGGACAACACACAGCUGUACCGCCACAUGUUCUUCUCCGACACCCCCGGCCCAGUUCCUCCUCCACGCGAGUGGUGA